GGUCUGUGAAGUCGCACGGUCGUUGUGAAGUGUCGCGGUUACAUUUUCUGAACGCUGUUCAUCAUCGACAAGUCUUCAGUUCUUUGAUGCAGAGUCGUCCUUCAUCAACCACAAGCGAUGACGGGGUGCUGCGUGCCGCUUUGCACCGGAGGCACCUAUAAAGGAAAUAGGGUGUUUCGCUUCCCACGAGAGAAAAAUCGCCGGAAGAUAUGGGAGCUGCAAGUGAAGCGCGACUGUUGGGAGGCCACAGACGCCAGCCGGAUAUGCGAACUGCACUUUGAGUCAUCGCAGUUCGAACAACGUCGAGCGGAUGGCUGGAGAAAGUUAAAGUACAGUGCCGUUCCCACGCUCUUUCCAGGCGACACAAAGGCAUCCAAGCAGCAAACACAACAGGAGAUGCGCUCGAAACGGCAAGGAAAGCGGCACAAAGUCAACAGUGAGGAACCAGGCACAGAUGACAAUUGACGAGGUAAGUGUUGAUGAUUGGAAUGCAUGGCUGUAUGAACUACAUAAAACUAGGAACCUCAGAUCCGCCUUUUCAUUUCCGUAUAUGCCG